AGAUAAAAAAAUAAAUUAUUUUAUAUUUUUAACUCUUGAAUACUAUACUGUUUACUGUAUCAAAUUAUAAAAUAUGUAACUGACUUUAUCUAUUGUAUUCGUGACUUUGUGCUGAAUUAAAAACAAAAUAAAGUAAACAUAUGUUUGUAAAUAUAAAAAAAAAAAAAUCAUUUGGUAUGAAUUGCCUUUAAGUAACAAGUAUUCCUGUAACAAGUUGGUUGAUGGCUGGCUAUUUUAAUUCCCGCCAAGUCUUCCGUUCAAGACUUGGCGAAUCCUCAUGCUAAAGCCAUGUCAUCCUUCGGAGACGAUCAGUAAGUGCAAGAGAACCAUGGAGAACAAGUUGCUAAGGCUGAGGCCCGCAUUGGAGAGGAAGCUCACCUACCUCGAGAUGCACCUGGCGACCAGUUUGACUCCUGAGGAACGGAAGCUCCAGGAAGAUACUUCGCCGAAGAAGUCGAGGAGUUCGAAGUUUCGCUGCAUCAAUUGGUUCAGGAAAGAGGGACAAGUGAAGAAGUGAAGGAUGGCCAAAAUACAUAGUGUAUCCCGUUUAUGGAGAUAAUUUAGGUUGAUAGUGGUGUAUGUAAACAGAAAAUAUAUGAUGACCAUCAUGCUUCACAUUAUUAUUAGUGGCAGUGUUUUUUUUUUUUUUUUUUUAUACUUUAUUCAAGCGAUUGAACAAUAUGAAAUGGGGUAUUUUUUCAACUUCAUUCAAGGGACAGAAGUAUAUGAAAUGGGGUAAAAAAAUGUUUUUAGUCGAAAAUUUGUUGAUGGGAAAACAUUAUUUUUAGAAUUUAUUAUAUAAAAAGCUGUGAAAAAUUUUAAGUUUCGAUUAUUCAUAGACAUUAUAAUAAAUUGUUAUAUUUCUUUAAGACUAGUCGAAGUUUUUUUAAUAUUAAAUACCAAACAAUAAUAAAUAUAAAAUAAUUUAAUGUCGGACCAGAUUUUACAUAUCAAUCUUGCUCAGUAAAAUUUCUAUAAAUUCUCCAUAAUUCCUAGAAUUGCUAAUAUGGAUAUUGUAUUGCUUGUACUCUCAUGAUCUU